UAAUACCAUUUAUUCUACAGGCGGCCGAUGUUGGUGGUUCCAUAGCCAUCCACACGUUCGGUGCUUACUUCGGUCUUGGAGUCAGUCUUGCCUUGAAGCCAAAGCCAAGCCCUGAGGCUCCAGCCACGAACGGCAACGCAGUCCCAACGGUCGACUUGAAUGGGCCGACCUAUAUCUCUGACGUCACUGCUAUGAUUGGCUCUAUUUUCCUGUGGAUCUACUGGCCGUCUUUCAACUCGGGCUUGACCAACACCGAUGCUGAGUACCAACGAGCUGUUAUCAACACUUACUUGUCCCUGGCUGCCGCUACGGUGACCACCUUCAUAAUCUCUUCAGCAGUGAGCAAGCACCAGGGUCGGUUCGACAUGGUGCACAUUCAGAACUCCACGUUAGCCGGUGGAGUGGCGGUCGGGUCGGUGUGCAAUAUGCACAUCGGGCCGGGAGGUGCCAUCGCUGUUGGUAUUGGAGCUGGUCUUCUGAGUGUGGUGGGGUACCGGUUCUUGACGCCAAAACUGACCAAGCUUGGUAUCAUGGACACCUGUGGAGUCAACAACCUCCACGGUAUGCCAGGGCUGUACUCAGGGUUGCUGUCGGUUCUCUUCGCUGCGCUAGCUAGCAAAGACGCUUAUGGGGCUCCUGAGCUGGUCUCUGUAUUUGGAGCCAUGGAUGAGGGUGGCAGGACGGCUUCAAACCAAGCUUUGUACCAAUUCAUCGCCCUAGCUGUAACGUUCGUGCUGUCUCUAGUUUUUGGUUUUUUGACAGGUUUACUAUCUAAGCUGCCCAUCUUCGAAUCCCUGAAGGAGACCGAAAAAUACGACGACGAAAUUAACUGGGAAUUGCCCUAAUCGAGUUUUCUACAAUUGGCCCUUUAUUUCCAACUGGAAUUUAACACAAUUUCGACGAAAUAAAGGCAAACCUUUGGGUGUCUGUAUCCCCGGGGAAAAUUAUACAGAUAUUAUGUAAUGCAAAAUUGUUUUGUAACUUAUCCUGAACCUUGGGGUCGGGACCAACGUCAUAAUUAUGAAUCUUGUAAAGGUAAUAUUAAGGUUGCAUUUCGUGAAUGAUUUUUUAUAGGGUGAUUCUGCUGCUUGAAAAAAGUGAGCUCAAGUCUCUGAUUAAGCAUUCUACAAAAUAUAGAGUCACUAUUAUAGUUUAAGCAAGACUCUUACUAUAAAAUCAUAACUACUAACGCUACUUUUUCUUCCUCCAUUUUAGCCAAGCAUUUUUGCAAAAAUCAAUUACUAAAAAAUGCCUGUCUAAUAUUUUGUUCUUUUGUAAGUAAUCAAUAAAAAUUUAGUUCACGAGAUCAGUAUUAUGUAAUUUAUAAAUAGCAAUUAUUAUAAUUUACUCGUAAGUUUCCAGUCGAAUGUUUUAAUAUAACUUUUUAUUAGUUUUAGCUCUCUACCAAAGAUAUUAACAAUUUAAUUCUUCAGCUGAUACAAGUUGCAUUUACUUUGAAUAAUUUCAAAUCAUAGGCGUCUAUUUUACAAUACUGUAACUUCAGUUUGCAAGAGCAAGAGAGAUAGUGACAAAUGUUAUCAAAGCCUGAGACAGGAGAGUCGUUUGUCAAAAUGGUUUUAGCUAAGUGGGCCCUAUGUAAACCAUUUAAUCAAACAAUACAUAAAUAGUACA